UCCCCGCCGGGCGCGGCGAUGCCCGGGCUCCGCGCCCUCCUGCCGGCGCGCGCCUACCUCUGCUCGCUCAAAGGCCGCCUCCUGCUGGCAGAGUCGGGUCUGUCGUUCAUCACCUUUGUCUGCUAUGUGGCAUCCUCUGCAUCCGCCUUCCUCGCGGCACCCCUGCUGGAGUUCCUGCUGGCCCUCUACUUCCUCUUUGCUGAUGCCAUGCAGCUGAAUGACAAGUGGCAGGGAUUGUGCUGGCCCAUGAUGGACUUCCUGCGCUGCGUCACAGCAGCCCUCAUCUACUUCGCCAUCUCCAUCACAGCUGUUGCCAAGUACUCAGACGGGGCUUCCAAAGCAGCUGGGGUGUUUGGCUUCUUUGCCACCAUCGUGUUUGCAAUUGACUUCUAUCUGAUCUUUAAUGAUGUGGCCAAAUUUCUCAAACAAGGGGACUCCGCAGACGAGAACACAGCUGACAAGGCAGAAGAAGAGAAUUCCGACUCUGACUCUGACUGAAGGCCUACCCUGCCCUGGCAACCCGAGCCUCAUGGGCCUUGACUGCUGCACCUUCUGACCAGGAGAGCCGGGACGUGGUCAGGGGACCGUGUGUGUUGGGAGAGAGGCUGUGACCUCAGCAGCAGUGGGAGUUGCUGAGGGAGCCAGCCUCCUCACAGCCCCAAGCCAUAAUGGAUUAAACCAGACUACCUGCUUGGAGUGUAUGUGUUUGAAAACCCCUCACACUCCCCAGAGCAUGCGGUCCAGGGUCACGCUUCAGCACAGACUGGGCACGUACACGGAAACUGACAGAAGGUUCAGGAACUUGCCCAAAUCAUCAUGGCCCCUUUGAGGAGGGCCUCUCACUUAUCUAUCAGGAUAACCACCCACGGCACCUCUGAGAUAGCCAGAACCUGGGCCUCUCGUGGUUUGGAAACUGGUCGCACGAGGGACCCCACACUUGGAGACUGGGAGAGCGCCGGGUCGGCAUUUGGCCCAGGUAUCCUGCCCCAGCUUUGACACACGUUCUGAAAAUACAUCCGAAAGCUGAUGUGCAGAAACCGAGAGGGGUACACGGUGGGACCUUGCCUGCCCAGCUCAGCCAGCCAGGCUGCCUGUCAACACCCAUACCCCGGCCUGUGCCACGGAGGCGGGCUGUGUUCAGCCACCACCUCACAAGCUUGUUUCGGGAACUAGGUCCGCGGCCUUUGAA